GAGAGAGAGAGAGAGAAAGAGAGGGGGAUAACUCAACAGAUACACAGAGAGAGAGAGAGGGGAUACAAAAUAAACACAACAGCAGUAAAAUAACGACUUUAGUCACCUUACAGGAAAAGACUCCCCGUGUUGUCCAGACUCGGGUAAAUAUUGCCGGGCUGCCGCCUGGAGCGACGGGUCGCUUCAUAAUAACAGAAACCCGCAUUCCUGAGGUGCUUAAUAAUUUUCGGUACGUUUUCAGACCAAAACCCGGUAACCUCCAUGUUGUUAGUGAAAGAGACAGGACGCCAAACCGAGAGAGAGUCGCCGGCCGCUUGGAGACGAGGUGUGUGAGGGCGCCCCGCACUCGGGCACACAGCCAGUGCAGAGACUGAGCCUGCAGGGACUCGGAGGGACAGGAUGCCAAUCCCACCACCCCCCCCACCCCCCCCUGGAGGACCCCCGCCACCCCCCACCUUCAACCAGGCCAACACAGUGCCCCCGAAGUUGGGGCGUGAUGAGCAGAGGGGGCGUGGGGCACUGCUCGCCGAUAUCAGCAAGGGGGCGCGGCUCAAGAAAGUGGCCGUGGUGAACGACCGCAGCGCACCUAUCAUAGAGAAACCCGGAGGGGGAGGGGGUGGAGGCUUUGGCUCCAGUUCCGGAGCCCUCCAGCCAAUGGGAGGCCUGUUCCAGGGGGGUGUGCCCAAACUCCGGCCAGUAGGAGGCAAGGACGGCAGCUCAGACAGCUGUGGUGGGAAACCAGCUCUGCACAUUCCCAGCUCCAGACCAGCGGCUCCGAGACCACCGGCGUCGUUGUCUUCAUCGUCCACACCCUCGUCAUCAUCCUCCAGCCGUCACCCUAACCCUCACCACAGCGAAGCAGGGGACCCCAACCAACCCUCCCCCCCCGAGCAUCCCCGCUCCCACAGACCCUCCCUCCCAGACCUCUCCCGUCCCAGCACAGGGGGGGGCAUGAAACACAGCUCCUCCCGGGGUGGGGGAGGGGGAGGGUCCCCCGCCAUCAACCGGCGCCCCAACGCUCCCCCUGUGCCCCCUCGGCCUUGCAGAGCCGGAACCCCGUCUUUGGGGACAGGGGGUGGGCCCCCUUCAAGCGAGUCGGCCCCUGAGUUACCACAGAGACACAACUUUCGGCACAGGACAAGCGGGGGGUGGCUGCUGCCCUGGGGGGUACCACGGUGGGGGAGCCCCACCCCUGCACGUGCCCACGGCCCCCCGCCGCCCCCCUCCCCCUCGCCUCCCAGGGGGCCGGCCCCACCCCCAGCCAGGGAGCCCCCGAACCGUGGAGCAGCUCCUCCAGUCCCGCCCCCGAUGAUGCGGAACGGUGGUCGUGAUGUCCCGCCACCUCCACCCCCCUAAGCCUACGUGUGGAGGAGGCUCUGGGGGUCGAAAGCGCCCUCCCCGGGGGAGGGGGCGGGAGGUCCUGCAGGACGUCCGGGAGCUCCCCCUCCACCCCCGCCCAUCCGAAAUGGCCACACAACUGUCUCCAAAUCAUUCCUAGAUGACUUUGAAUCAAAGUAUUCCUUCCAUCCAAUGGAGGACUUCCCACCCCCUGAUGAAUAUCGACAGUUUACUAAAAUCUACCCGAGUAAAACCAACCGAGGUGUGGGUAUGAGGGGGGCUCCUCCUCUUCCCCCUGUGGGCAGGUGAACCCAGAACUCUGUGAGAUCCUUCAUAAGACCAGUCCUCACUUCACUGGAUCAGAACCACGGACUGCACACGCACGCACAUGCCAUCCAGCGAACUGUUAUUUGUUAUUUCAAGAGACAAUUAUUCUUCCACUUUUUCCUCACGAAACUCCGACCUAGCAUGAAGUAAUGUUCCCAAAAUAAUAAUAAUAAUAAUAGUAAUAAUAAUAAUAAUAAUAAUAUUCAGGAAGAAAAAAAUCCUAGAGCCAAGAACUCAAUCCACAAAAUUUAUAAUUCCACACGGAAUGAGAACAAGUAUCGCCUGUCGAGUGUGUUUGUGUAUAUAAUCUAUCUCCUGGGUUUUAGAAGCUCAGUUUAUUAUUGAAAUGAUCUGUGCAGCCUGGAGUCUGUAUGCAUUGUCCUGUCCUCUCUAUCUCCUCCCUCCCUCCCUCCGUCCCUCCCUCCCUCCAUAGCUACCUGAUCGUUUCAAUAAUACACCUGAUUGAGGAAGGAAGGAAAGGGGGUGGUUCUGAAUUGGAAACCCCCCCCCCCCCCCCCCCGAAAAGCAGAAGUACUUCAGAAGACUUCCAAAGGGAAAGGGGGAGGGGGGGGGGG